AUGCCGUUAAAAGUUGACAAGAAAGUGAUCCAACCAAUAAUUGGUGGGGUUGGCGGUGGACAGCGACGUGUAAGCCAACUUCCACGAGGAUCGAUAGCUGCUUUCAGGGAAGAUGGUGAUCCAGAUUAUCUACCUGACUUUCCAUCGGAUGAUAUAAGACCUGUCCGACCAGACGAUCAAAUGAAACUGACAGAUGCUGAAUUAAAUGAAGAACAUACUCGUAUAUUAACAGCUCGCAAUCCUCAAGCAGCCGAAAAUAUCGUUCGAUUUAGUCAUAAAGAGCGAAUGUACAAACCAAUAGCUCAAGUUGAUCAGUUAGCGGUUCAUUACCAGUUAGAUGGCAAUUUAAUUCAUAAAGAUUCUGAAGAAGCAAAGCGACAAAUGGCCAGAGAUGGAGGAGACCAAAUCGAAGCAGAAGAAGUUGUAUCGAGCAAUCGUCAGGAUCAAGAAACUACGAAAGAAGGUGAUGAAGAAGAUGAUGAAAAACCAAAGAAACCUGCUGGCGAUGGAAAAGCAAAAAAACUAACAAAUCAGUUUAAUUUCAGUGAACGAGCGUCUCAAACGUAUAAUAAUCCUUGUCGGGAACGAGAAACAUUUGUAGAGCAAACACCACGAAUGCCAUUUUCUGAUAAUGUUGCACAAUGGAGUAUUUAUGAUGCAUACAAAGAAGAUUUUGAUCAACAACAAAAAGUGAAAGAAAAAGAGCAUAAAAAGGUUAAAAAGGAAGAUGAUCGAAAGAAAAAAUUUGUUGUUGCUGAACAACAGAGCGAUGAUAUGGCAAAGUUUGCACGUUCAAAAUCAGCUAGUGUUUCAUUGAAAAUCAUGGAAAGAAUGAUAAAUCAGAAUACGUUUGAUGAUAUUGCACAGGAUUUUAAAUAUUGGGAGGAUGCCGCUGAUGAAUAUCGUGAACAAGAAGGCAGUCUUUUACCACUAUGGUUAUUUCAAUAUGAUACAGCAAAAAAAUUAGCUUGUACAAAUUUAGCAUGGAAUACACAUUAUACUGAUUUAUUUGCUGUUGCCUAUGGUUCUUAUGACUUUUUAAAACAAAGUCGUGGCAUGUUUCUAAUCUAUUCGUUAAAAAAUCCAAGUUAUCCUGAAAAUAUAUAUAGUACUGAAAGUGGUGUAAUGUCUCUUGAUUUUCAUCCAAAUCAUCCAAAUUUAUUAUGUUGUGGUUUUUAUGAUGGUUCAGUAGCUGUAUACAAUAUAGCCGAUGAAAAUAAACGUCCAAAAUAUCAGAGUACAGCAAGAAAUGGAAAACAUACCGAUCCUGUAUGGCAGGUUAGAUGGCAAAAAGAUGAUCUUGAUAAUAAUUUAAAUUUUUAUUCUGUAUCAUCCGAUGGACGAGUUGUCUGUUGGACACUUGUUAAAAGUGAUUUAAUGUAUACGGAUGUUGUACAGCUCAAACUCGACCAGCCAGCAACCGAACCAACUGACGGCAUACCACUGGCAGCAUUGGGUUGUGGCACAUGUUUUGAUUUUAACAAACAACAAGAUUAUUUAUUUAUCGUUGGUACAGAGGAAGGAAAAAUUCAUAAAUGCUCAAAAGCUUAUAAUAAUCAAUUUUUGGAUACAUUUGAUGCACAUAAUAUGGCAGUUUAUGCCUGUAGAUGGAACACAUUUCAUCCAAAAAUUUUUAUUAGUUGUUCAGCUGAUUGGACCGUUAAAAUUUGGGAUAUUAAUUUCAAAGAGCCAUUGUUCGUCUACGAUUUGGGCAGUGCUGUAGGUGAUGUAAUGUGGGCACCAUACUCUUCAACAGUUUUUGCCGCGUGUACGGCCGAUGGAAAAGUUUAUGUAUUCGAUUUAAAUGUAAAUAAAUAUGAACCGAUUGCAGAACCAAUCGUUGUACAAAAGAAGCGUACGAAAUUAACACACAUUACAUUUAAUGAACAUUAUCCAAUUUUAUUAGCUGGAGAUGAUCGUGGCAAUGUAAUAAGUUUAAAGUUAUCACCAAAUUUGAGGAAAAAACCUAAAGUCAAAAAAGGACAAGAAAUACCUGAGGGUCCGGAAGCAGAAAUAGCUAAAUUAGAAAAAAUUCUUGCGCUCAUCCGAGAUCCAGAUGAUACACGAAAUAAACAACGAUCAAAAGAUGAUACACACGCGGUAACAACGCAACAAGCAACAACAGUAGCUUUAGGAACCGAUAAUCAAGUUCGGUUCGUUCCUACGGACAUUGAUGAAGACAAAGAGCUUAUCGAUGAAACAGAAAAGCAGCCUUAUACCCUUGACGAAGCAUUUACAAAAAUAUUGACAUCAGAAAAUCCUCAUGGACCAAAGAAUCUUGUGUUAUGGAGUAAUCGAGAAAAACAAUUUGUUUCUCAUGUCAAUACAGAACAACUGGCUAUUCAUUAUUUAUAUCAUGGUAAUUUAAUAUCGAUUAAUUCCGAUGAAGCUAAACCAUAUUUGAUUCGAGAAAAAGUUAUGACAAAAAUUCGUCCUAUAAAUUUGUUGAAUCCUUCUACUACGAAGAAUAAUGAUUCAGAAAAAUAUCGUAUUUUAACAGUUGAUACUCAAAAAGAUGAAUAUGAUGUAUUGAAUGAUGCUAAACAAGAAGACGAUAAUGAAAAAAAGAUUUUAGAUAGUGAACGAGUAACGCUUCAUGAUGUGGAGGAUACGUUUAUUAAUGAAGAAACUGGAAAUCAAAUUCAAAUCGAAGAAGAGACUACAACAAAAGAUCAAGCGUCAUAUUUACCAUCAAAGCCAAAAAAAAUUUUAAAUCGUUUUAAUUAUUGUGAACAAGGUGUCCAAACAUAUUCAUCACCAAAAAAAGAAGCAUUAAUCUUAACUGAUCCAAUUCCACAGAUUAAGUUUGUUGGUUUAGCGAGUCAGCGAGUUAUUUAUCAAGAUUAUGCGGCUGAUUAUGAUAAACAGGAAAAAACAAAAGUAAAACACCAAAAUAUAUCAAAGUAUACCACAUUACGUCGCGAAACGGAAAAGAUAAAUUCCAAAUUGGAUCGCUUAAAACCAGAGGUUAUAAAUAAACGUCGUCAUGUUCAGACUUUAAAAAUAAUUGAACGUGUAUUAAAUCAAAAUCGUUAUUAUGAACUGAUUUAUGAUUUUAAAUAUUACUAUGAUAAAGCUGAUGAAACUCGUGCUCCUUUAGGAGCCCUGUUUCCACUAUGGAAAUUUCCACCAUCCUUUAGUGAACGAAGUGUAACAGCAUUAACAUGGAAUCCAGCCUAUUCGGAUAUGCUUGUUAUUGGCUAUGGACUUUACAAUCGAGCCGAACGUAUUCAAGGCGUUAUUGCCACGUUAACAUUAAAUAAUAGUUUCCCGGAAACAUUAAUUUAUACGGAUAGUACAGUGUUAUCAAUUGAUUGUCUGCCGACAAAACCGUAUGUUGUCAGUUUUGUCACUGUAUGCGUUCAAAUGAUUGACAGAUUGUCUAGAUAUUUGGUAUGUGUUGGGUUGAUGGAUGGUGAUGUGAUUGUUUAUGACAUAUCAGUAUCAUCUGGAAAACCAUUGUUUACAAAUCCACAUUAUACAUGUAAACAUUUUGGACCUGUUUGGCAGGUGAAAUGGUGUGCAACAGAUGAUCCACAUUAUCCGCGAUUUUGUUCAGCUGGUGGUGAUGGAAAAGUGAUGAGAUGGACUUGCAUUAAAGUAAAAUUAUCCU